AUCCCAGUGCAGGAGGCGGGGUCAUGGCGCAUGUUUGUGGCGUCAUCACCAAGCGGCGGUGUUUUGGUUUGUUCGUGUUACGGGUUGUUUUACAAUCAGGGUACAAAGUUUGUGUCACAGGGGUCCCAAAUUCAACUUGACUCAAACUGGUUCUUGUACCAGUUUUUAAGUGAAGGACAAGUUAAAGAACAGAUUUCAGUCGCUGCAGUCAGUCAGUCCUGUGAGGCGAUGCUGUGUGUUUGUGGAGAUGAUGGACGCGGUUCUUUAUAGUCCUUGAUUCACGAAGAGCAGCUUCACUGCAGCAACCCUGAGGGCUUUGACAGUAGAGGGCAGUGCAGCAACAGGAGGAAGGACCAGGAUGUUGAGGAGCCAUUUUGAAAAAAUCACUGGUGCAUGAACGUUGGGAUCCAGGAUACCGAUCAGAGAUGGUCCUGUCGUUGGUGUACCUGUGUGCACGUGAGGUGGUCAGUGAUCACGGGUUAUUAGCUGCGCAGUUGAGCUGCGUCCCACGCGAGCUGUACAGGCCGCUGCUGGAUGCCGCGUUCACUCACUGUCGCCCUCUGGCCAUCGGAGAGCUGGUGCAGCGCUGGCCCGAGCGGAUCCUCAGCAUUGGGGGACGGAGAAAAUGUGACCGCGAUCCACCAGGCCGCCUGUGUGUCCAGGCUGUGCUACAUGCCGUGGUUAGGGGCUUGAUUGAUAACAGGUGUUGUCUGCAGGUGCUGGACCUCUGCGGACUGCAGUACAAGGACGGCAGCUCGGAGGACGCGAUGGGUGGCUGGUCCCUCACUGUGGCUUUGUGCGCCAUGCUGCUACGGGCGAAAAACGUCACCACAGCCAACAGGGGGCGUGGACGAGACGACGGAGAGAAGAAAAAGAGAGGGUUGGAGACAGAGCAGGACGGUGCGGUGAAACGAGACCGAGCCGGACUGAAGAAGGGGGAGGAGGAGGCAGAGGUGCAGAAGAUGGAUUGUAGGGAUAACGCAGAAGAGGAGAAUGUGAAGGGUGUGAGGAGGAGAAUGGAGCUGCAAAGGAGAAAAACAGCUCAUCUGCAGCAGGUUCCCAGCAGAGACAACGUUCUGGUAGACGUCAAGGCCGAUCUCUUUGUGAACACCCGAUCCUGGGGGCGCGUCCGCAGGGCGCUAAGCCUCUUCGGAUCGCUGCGGCUUCACUGCCGCUUCCUGCGUGUCGAGGAGCUGCCUGCGUCCUCCAUUGCCUCGCUGCUGCACCUGCUACCCCAGGAGGAGCUCCUCGGUCUGGAUGUGCGCUACUCCAGCCUGGGUGUGUCUGGGUUAGCACUGCUGUUGCCCCAGUUAGCACCGUUUCCUCGACUCUGCUCGCUCCGGCUGCACUACUGCAACCUGGAUGUCCUGCGCAUUCAGCCCGGCCAGCAGGAGGCGCUGCAGGAUGUGUCUCGAGGGCUUGGAGAGCUGAAGAGGCUGCGCAGGCUGAGUCUCACCGCCCUGUGCCUGUCGGGACACCUGCGUCUGCUGCUCAGUUCUCUGUCAGAGCCACUGGAGGCGCUGGAGCUGCUGUACCUCAGCCUGACCGCUGGUGAUCUCACGUACCUGUCACGCAGCCCUCAUGCAUCAUCCCUCACCGAGCUGGACCUGAGUGAAAACAGGCUGGAUGAGUCAUCUCUGCACUCCCUGCGCCAUCUCUUCGCCCGGGCCAAGCACUGCCUGACGCGCCUCUCUCUGUGCGGCUGCGGACUUUCAGACAGCCCGCUCAGGGCGCUCCUGCCCGCACUGGAGCAAUGCCACGCCCUCCGCAGCCUCUGUUUGGCACUGAAUCCGCUCUCCAGGGCAGCGUUGGUGGACUUGGCGCGGGCUGCGGCAGGCAUCAACUCCUUGAGGCUCCUCCUCUACCCUAACCCGCUGGAGGAGUACGAGCCCGGCCUGCCCCCCCUGCCCUCCAGUACACAGCUCUUCGACUGGCCUCUUACCGAAGACUCGGAGGUCAAAGAGGUCACACUGAGGCAGCUGGACGAGGUUUUGAGAGCCAAAGGACGCACACUGGACCUCUUAUUGACCUCCGACCUGUUGAAGUAUAGCACUGACCUAGCAAUGGAUGAUUAGCAUUAAGUAAAAGGGAAAACAGCCAAAACAGGAAUGUAAUUUGACACAUUUUUGAUUUGUCCUGGAGUUAUGAGGUUAAUAUCACUAACAUGCACUGAGAUCCAGGCACUAAAAACACACACGCUUCAUUGUGUCCGUUUUUAUAUUACAGGCCGUGUUAGAGACUCCGGCUCAAGGCAUAAAUUGUAAAUUGGUAGCUAUAAGCUGCUACAUUAGCCUUCUAGCUCCACUGCAGUAUCAUAGCAACAAGCACGCCUUGUCUGAUUGGGUGCGUUUGAUUAAAUAUAAAUUUGAAUAAAAUUAUUCCUUUAUCGCAGCCUCUCCCAGCAGACAUGCGAAGGUUUUGGUGGUUCUCCUGCUCUGACACACCAGGGGCCGUCUCUGGUAGCCAUGUUGAUAUGAAUUAGGGGUGUCAGAGCUGAGUCAGUCUCAGUAAAGGAGGCGUGGCCUCUAUCUGUGUGUCAGUCUCAGUGAAGAAGGCGUGGCCUCUGUGUGCGUCAGUCUCAGUGAAAGAGGCGUGUUUGUGCGUGUCGAUCUCAGUGAAGGAGGCGUGGCCUCGGUGUGUGUGUCAGUCUCAGUGCAGGAGGCGUGACCUCUGAGUGUGUCAAGUCUCAGUGAAGGAGGCGUGACCUUUGUGUGUGUGCGUGCGUCAGUCUGAGUGAAGGAGGCAUGGCCUCCAUUUUGUGUGUCAGAAUCAAGGAGGUGUGGCCUGUGUGUUACUCAGUGAAGGAGGCGUGGCCUCUGUGUGUCAGUCUGAGUGAUGGAGGCGUGGCCUCUGUGUGUGUCAGCGAUCGUGAAGGCUUCAGAACAGUUUGUAAAAGUUGCAUAUGGUAAAAGGGUGAAGAUUACUCCACAUCUUCAAACCUUCUUCAAAAUUUUUUUAUUUGAUUGACUGACUGAUCUUUUCCCUGCAGCAUGAAAUAUUUUACUGAGUAUUUUCUAACUUCCCACUUCUUCAUGAUGCCACUGCCCCAUUUCUUUCCUCUCUAGUUUGGCACCAACGUCAGAAGGAUUAGGAUCAGUGAUGAUGCUACCUCACCCAUGUUCCUGCCAUGGGUGAAUUAGGACCAAAUGAAGAUCAGUGUAAAUGAGUAUUUACAGCACUCAGUUCAGUACUGUCUAAAUCUGGUUUGACCCAACAGAUCUUUAAUAUGCCAAAGGAAUUACUACACUGUGUGCGUUUGUACAAUUUCAGUACAAUCAUGGACUUUUUUUUUUUUUUUGCAUCUGUAAGUGUGGCAAAAUGACUGGAUCUUAAAUUCCCCACAGUGUACCGUUUUGUGCUGCAUUUCUGCUUUUCAAUAAACACAAACCAAAGUA